CCAAAAAAUUUAUUAAAUCAAUAUAUUAUUACAACUAAUUUUAAUGCAUAUCUAAACUGAUGAUAAACACUGAUUUAAAUGAAUAAAUAAACUGUUUUCCAUUGCAUAUAAGUGGAACAACAGAAGAAAAAACUCGAAUGAAAAAUACAAAUUAUUGAAGUUUCGAGGAAACUUCUCAACUUCUAUCGAACUCUAACCUAUUAGGAGAAUAAGGAAAUUAUAUAAAUCGACGUGUUCUUCAUUUUCUCAGAUUUGAUUUUUUUGUCACCUGAUCCAUUGUUUUUGCUGUUGUAAUUCUUUACUGGAAUCGAUACAUUUGACAAUGCCUUUGGAGUCAUCUUCGUUUAAUUGUGCAUGUCAUAAGCGAGUUCAAUCAAUCGACGACAUUUUUGUACCUUUAUAUUCUGAACCACCUGUGGAUGACAUUGUCCCUACAGCUGCUAUGCCUAGGCUAUCGUUGCGAUAUUCAAAUGGAUAUGUUAGUUUGUCAGAGCCAGAUCGUGGGCAAUUCAAGAUUAUGUUAAGCGUCGCCCAAUUCAUGCCGGAUGAAAUUAAAGUGAAAACUAUCGCCAACAAUGUUGUCAUUCACGCCAAACAUAAAGAGAAAGUUGACGAACACGGGUUUGUGUCCCGAGAAUUCACCAAACGUUAUAUAUUACCAGAAGGUGUUAAGCCUGAUACUGUCAAGUCGACCUUCAGCAAGAAUGGUAUCUUGACCAUAACAGCCCCCAAGAACAUUAUCCAACUUCCCAACCGUAAUGAGAGGAUUGUGCCAAUAGAAGUAAAGAAGCCAAUUACCAAAGGUAAAUAAACCUAUUGGAUGCAACCGUAGAUCCGAAUGAAGUUUAAAAACUUGCAGUUCAGUAUAUGCAAUUCGGUUUUACAUGUAUCGCAUUUGUUAAGUUUCUAUAUUCUCUGAUAAAACAUUGGUUGUUUUUAUUCUAACAAAACAGAUAUGAUUGAAUGUUAUCUGGUAUUAAUCUGUAAAAAAUAAAAAUUUUGCAAAGA